AAUGCUAGGCUGAGGAGUGGGAGUGUCAACACUAGACAUUCCUCUGAUAACAAUCUGGCAGUUAAUGGAGAGGUAGAAGUAGAGUCACUUAAUUAAGCUGAUGGGAGACAGGUGAGUGUAAUUCGAGUUGGCCAGGGCAGGUAAAGCUGGAGCGUAGAUCAAGGAACCCAGACAAGGGCAGAAGAAUAUCAAAAUCAAAAGUGGAGCACCUUGAAUCGUGACAAUAUUAGUCUCUCUUCUGAAAGGCAGACAAGGCUUCUAUGUACAAACACUGUGGUUCUGUAGCGAUGGACAGACGCUGACUUCAACCCCUGCACAGAUGUUCCAUUCUUGCGGUCUAAUAGAAGCUUGCUGGCCCUUUCUGUCCACUCAGGAUGAUGUUGAUGAUUGACAAUAAAUUUGAUAAAUAGGCUGUUGUCAGUCUGUUAUUACUCCCACUCUGACUCUCCUCUGCCUGUGGCGCUCUACAUACCUUUCAAGCAUGGGCAGAGCCGGGGAGGCGCUCCAAGGGCCCCCCACUGGCUGUAGUGGGUGUGAGUUUUGAACUGUAUUUAAGCCUGAUCAUUUUGCAUCUUGGCUGAGACUGACACAGCAUGGCGACUGACACCACACCCCUGGGCUCCAUUGAGAACCCGAUUAAGUUUCGGGGCCAAGACUACAAGACUCUCCAUACGAAGUGUCUGAAGUCCGGUGGGCUGUUUUGUGAUCCAACCUUUCCAGCUGAGGAGAAAUCCAUCGGUAUACCUGAUCGAGACCCAGAUCCCAAAAAGGAGAUUAAGUGGCUGCGACCCAAGGAAAUCAGUAAGAAUGCUGUGUUUGUUGAGGACACGAUUGGGACCACGGACAUCUGUCAGGGCCAGCUGGGUGACUGCUGGCUGCUGGCGUCCCUGUCCUGUCUGACCAUGCACCCCACGCUCUUUGUGAAGGUGGUGCCACCCGACCAAAGCCUGUCUGAGUCUUAUGCAGGGAUCUUCCAUUUUACGGUAGGUGUGGCAGGAUUAGAUGUGCAACAGAAUGUGGACAACCGCCUGCCAGUACGCCAAGGCCAGCUGCUCUUUAGCCGCUCUAACACCAGCAACGAGUUUUGGAGCGCCCUAGUGGAGAAGGCCUAUGCCAAGUUGAUUGGAUCCUACGGAAGCUUGAAAGGGGGUAAUAUUUCAGAGGGGAUGGAAGAUUUCACAGGAGGAAUUGCAUACUCAAAGGAUGUCUCAUCUCAUACCCCUCAGGACCUGUGGAGACGUCUAAAAGGGGCCCUGUCCAGAGGAGGCCUGCUCAGCUGCUUCAUCCAUGCCGGUGACAGCCUUGAAAUCAGUAAAGUGACAGGAGACGGGCUGGUAAAAGGCCACGCUUAUGCCAUCAUUGACUGUGACAAGGUGACUAAAGCAUCAGAGGAGAUUUUGUUGUUGAAGCUGAGGAACCCCUGGGGUUUUGUCGAAUAUUGCGGACCCUGGAGUGACAGGUGUAAAAACUGGGAUGAUGUGAACAAAGCUGAGAGGGACAGGAUUAAGCUGAAGAUUGCAGAAGAAGGAGAGUUCUGGAUCAGUGCUGAGGCCUUCAGCAGCCUGUUUAAUACUGUGGAGCUCUGUAAUGUGAAUCCCGACACUCUUGACGAGGAAAACACACCUGCAUCUCCAGCUACCUGGGUCAUCAAUGAACAUGAAGGAUCCUGGGCACCUGGCAGCACUGCCGGUGGCAGCCGCAAAUGCAACUACACAUAUUAUCAGAAUCCCCAGUUCAAGCUGGUUCUCAAGGAGCAGGACCAGACCGAGGAGGAAGAUGAAGAUGAGGAUGAUGAGGAUGAUGAUGAUGAUGAGGAUGAUGUGAAGAUGGCCCCAAAUGAGCAGAAGAAAGUGGACAAGCAGACGCAUAAAGCCAAAUAUUGCACUGUGGUGGUGGAGCUGCUGCAGAAAAACCGCAGGCAGAAGGAUAAACUCAACUUUCUCAACAUAGGUUUUCAUGUCUACAGGGUUCCCUCUGAGCUCCAGACUGUGUGUCUGAACCGCAACUUCUUCAAACAAAAUCGGCCUGUGGGUCGUUCUGGGAAAUAUAGCGCUCAGAGGGGUGUGCGGAGGAAGCUGCGCCUGGGCCCGGGUAACUACAUCAUCAUAGCAUCCACCUAUCGACCCAACCAGCCUGGAGAGUUCUUUGUCCGCACUUUUGCCAAGAGAGGAAACACUCUGGGGUCUCACGACUUUACCUGCACCUCUGGCUACCUUCCAGUUAUGGUGACUCCCAUCUCCUCAGAGGAUCAAAUGAGAAUUCAGAAGACCUUUGAUGAGGUGGCCGGCCCAGACGACAAGCUGAACGCCAAGGAGCUCAUGAACCUUGUGAACUCAGUUCUUAACAAAGAAUACCAUCUGACGCUGGAGACAUGCAAACAGCUCAUCUUUGGAGAGGAUACUAAAGGGCGCUCCCGUCUUGACCGUGAACAAGCAGAAACCCUGCUGUCCAGUCUGCGCAGUCUGCAGGAUGAUGGUGAUGAUGGACAGAAAAUCUGA